CUUUCACAGCCACCCCUCUCUCUCUCUCUCUCUCUCUUUUACUGUGACAUGCCUAGCUGCUUCUGCUCUUCGUCGUAAUUAUCAAUCAAUCAAAUCCUAAACUAGCUAGGUUGAAGAAGACGACGGGCCUUUUAAUUAUUUCGAAUGCAUGUCGUCGUGCUAGCUAUAAUUAUUAAUGAACCAUGUAAUUUUCUUUUUUGUAAAGUUUUCUACUGCCGUGCCAAUCGGGGUUGUAUUUUCCGGGAAAAUAACGCCCCAGAUUUCCCUUUUUUCCUUUUCUCGUGGAUUAAAGAAAACGAAUUAUGGGAUCUGAUGCACAGUAGUCAUGUAUUUAUAUCCCAGGAACCAGAUAGAAACUGCAAAGUACUGAAAGCUGAAGAUAGCUCUUACCUUCACACUUCGAUCGGGGGAAUUAUUCCGGCGGCGGCGGCUCUGACGACUUUCCGGUGAGGGUUUGCGAUCGCUUCCGCGUUGAGCCAACAUGAAGAGGACCGCGGUAUGAGGGACGGUAGUCUGCGAUCAUGUCCGUCUCCUGUUCCGACUGCUUCUCCGACCUACUCUGCGGCGAGGACUCCGGAGACUUGUUCGGGGACCUGCCGGAAUAUUCUUCCACCUCCGACCUCGACACUUCGGCCGACGCCGAGGAAUCGAUCGCCGGAUUCAUAGAAGGCGAGAGCAACUACGUGCCGGGAAUUGACUACAUCGAGAGGUUUCAGUCUCAGUCAUUGGAUGCAUCGGCUCGCGCGGAGUCUGUUGCAUGGAUUCUCAAGGUCCAAGCUUACUACGGUUUCCAGCCUCUAACGGCGUAUCUCUCCGUCAACUAUUUAGAUCGUUUCCUGUAUUCCCGUCGGCUGCCGCUAACAGAUGGCUGGCCAUUGCAGCUCCUCUCGGUUGCUUGCUUGUCGCUAGCGGCCAAGAUGGAGGAACCACUGGUUCCUUCUCUGUUGGACCUCCAGGUGGAAGGUGUAAAAUAUAUUUUUGAACCAAGAACAAUCCGAAGAAUGGAGCUUCUUGUACUGGGCGUUCUGGAUUGGAGGCUGCGAUCCAUUACACCGUUCAGUUUCAUCAGCUACUUUGCUUCCAAGCUCGAUUCCACAGGAGCUUAUGCUGGAUUUCUGAUUUCAAAAGCCACACAGAUUAUCCUGGCCAACAUUCAAGAGGCUAGUUUCCUGGAGUACUGGCCGUCAUGUAUAGCAGCGGCAACCAUCGUCUGCGCAGCGCAUUACAUUCCAAGCUUCUCUCUGCUCAGCCCAGCACACGCAGAAUCAUGGUGCGAAGGCCUCAGUAAAGAGAAAAUAAUCAGCUGCUACGAGUUAAUGCAACAAAUCAAAGCGGUUGAUAUUGAUCACAGGCCAGUGAGGAAGCCUCCAAAAGUGCUGCCCCAGCUGCGAGUCAUGACUUGGGCCAAGGUCGGGCCGGGUCAUGAUUCUUCUUCUUCUUCAUCUUCAUCCUCUUCUUCUUCUUCUUUUUCUUCGUCAUCCUCCUCGUCAUCUUGCAAGAGGAGGAAAUUAAAUAGCAGCUCGAGGGCAGAUGAUGACAAAGGAAGCUCUGAUUGAGGGGGGGGAGCAGAAUAAUGGGGGUGGAUAGAAAAUGAAGGAAAGUGGUGGUCUUGUCUAGAAUCCUCAGUAUUUUUAAGAGAGGGGGUUUCAGAAGAAAGAGAAAAAUAUUGACUCGGGUGCUUCUGUAGAUUAUUAGCACAUAUAUAUAUAUAUACUAUAAGUUUUGAAGAUUGAUUAAUUUUUUGCUUUCUUGGCGGGUGGGGGAAGGUGGGUUCUCCCAUUCAUCACUGGCGUUGCAGAUUCCCAAGGGAAGGGGAUCCCAUAGAUCUAUAUAUAUAUAUAUAAUUUUCCAGUGAGAUGGAAAGAGUGGGAAAGUGGGGGAUUAAAUUCAAAAGGCAGCAAUGGAUGAUUAUUAUUGAAUGAAAGGAGUAGAUGUAGAUGGCGGGGGCCAUCGCAGAAGUGGCAGGAGGGUCUCCAUGGGACUGAUGACUGAUGAACAUUGGAGUUGGAUCUGCCUUCAAUGCCCAUGGAUGUAAGUCAAGCUUCCUUCCCCAUCUCCAACUGAUCGAUCUUCCAUAUUAAUUACCCUAAACCUAAUGUCUCAAUUAGAGUGAAAGCUCCAUCUCCAUGGUCCAUCACCCCUUAUCUUGAAAAAAUUUCCCCCUUUUCACCUCUAUGAGUGCUGUGUGUGUGUGGCUUUUUUGGCGGGAUUGACCUUCUUGUAUUAAUUGAUCACGCACGUGUGAUGGUCACACGUGUGAUCUUUUUUUUUUUCUUUUUCGGGCACAAAUUUGGCCUGACCAUACGAAGGGGUCUUUGGGGCCUUUUCUUUUUUUUUGCUUUUCUCAAGGCGUGUUGUAUUUGGAUUCAACCACCAAUGCAAAGUUAUAUAUAUAUAAUAUAUUAUGUGUA